UUUUCCCAUCAUGCUUUGUAAUGGAUUAGAAUGGGUGUAAUUGAGCUUUUUUUUCUGUGCAUGGACUUUUUUAAAAUUUUUUAUAAUAUCCACAAAGUUCAGUGAGCAGGUUUUGUUUUAUGUGACCUCGUGUGUUGGUUGCAUUUGUUCAAUCAUCACCAAAGCGCGCCCCCUCCCAUUGAGGACGUUGCAAAGAGUCCAUGUUGUCCAAUGGGAAGCGUGGAUGACACCAAAGAAUAAAGAAGCGCUGUGAAGCCUCUCAUGCUUUUGAUGUUGAUGUUGCCUUGGUACUAACCAACCACCCUGUCAGUGUGUCAGCGCGGCGGCCCGCAGGAGACGUGGCCAUGUGCCCGCCCUGAGCCCGAGUGAUGCCGGUGCAGGCGGCCCAGUGGACGGACUUCCUGUCCUGCCCCGUCUGCUACAACGACUUCGACGGCGGCGACCACCAGCCCGUCAGCCUGGGCUGCUCGCACACGGUGUGCCGCGGCUGCCUGCGUAAGCUGCACCGCAAGGCCUGCCCCUUCGACCAGGCGCCCAUCUGCACCGACGUGGACCUGCUGCCCGCCAACCGCGCCCUGCUGCGGCUGCUCGGCGCCCAGCUUCCAGACGUGCAGACGGUCGGCCUGGGCGGCGCGGCGGACGUGUGUCACUACGAGGCCUGCAGGGGGUGUGUGGAACACCUGGCGCUCUACCUGCAGCCCAUCAGCGCCACCAAAGGGGUGUGUCCCUCCAGUGGCAGCGUGCUGAGUCGACCCAUGCAGAGGAAGUUGGUGAGUCUGGUGCACUGCCAGCUGCUGGAGGAGGAAGGUCGUGUGCGGGCCCUGAGGGCGGGUCGCUCUCUGGGCGAGCGCACGCUCACAGAACUCAUCCUGCAGCACCAGAACCCCCAGCAGCUCUCUGCCAACCUCUGGGCGGCCGUGCGGGCGCGGGGAUGCCAGUUCUUGGGACCUGCCAUGCAGGAGGAGGCCCUGAAGCUGGUGCUGUUGUCUCUGGAGGACGGCUCUGCGUUGUCCAGGAAGGUUCUGGUUCUGUUUGUGGUCCAGAAGCUGGAAGGUCGCUUCCCUCAGGCGUCCAAGACCAGCGUGGGCCACCUGGUGCAGCUGCUCUACAGGGCCUCCUGCUUCAAGGUGACCAAACGGGACGAGGACUCGUCGCUCAUGCAGCUGAAGGAGGAGUUCCGUGCGUACGAGGCUCUGCGCCGAGAGCACGACGCCCAGAUCGUCCACAUCGCCAUGGAGGCCGGCCUCCGCAUUUCUCCGGAGCAGUGGUCCUCUCUACUCUACGGGGACCUGGUCCACAAGUCCCACAUGCAGUCCAUCAUCGACAAGCUGCAGUCUCCCGAGUCCUUUGCGAAGAGCGUCCAAGAGCUGACCAUCGUCCUGCAGAGGACAGGAGACCCUGCAAACCUGACCAGCCUGAGACCUCACCUGGAACUGCUGGCCAACGUGGACCACAAUCCUGACGAUCCAUCGCCAUCCUGGGAGGAAGUAGACAAGGUGAUGUUGGCGGUGAAGGUGGUCGUUCACGGACUCGUGGAGUUCAUACAAAACUUCACAAAGAAGACCCAGGACACUCCGCAGCUGCAGGGCAACAGCAAGUACAAGACCAGCAUGUGUCGAGACCUGCGGCAUCAGGGAGGAUGUCCUCGAGGAAACAACUGCACCUUCGCACACACGCAGGAAGAACUGGACAAAUUCCGAGUGAGGAACAAGAAGAGCAGCAGCGUGAGUCGCACUAAAACUUUCCCCGUGGACGUCCAGACUGACGACUCUGCAGGCGAGGACGUGACCACGCAGCUGGCGUCCGCGAGGGGAGGGCCCACACGGGAGGACGUGACGUGCGCGAGGGGAGGGCCCACACGGGAGGACGUGACGUCCAGUAUGACCAGCAGCACCCCACAGGGCUCAGCAGACCAGUCCCCGCCCUCCCCGGCGAGUCCCGUCCGUCACGCCUCAGCGUCGCCCCCGGUGGGUGGGAGUGAUGAGACGGACAAACGUGGCGUCACGCUGAGGGUGCCUCAUCCUUCUCACGCCUCCGAGAUCAUCUACCCAGGACAACUCCACUAUCACACCAGCUGUUCCUUCUACGCGCCUGCACACAAGUCCUGCAUGGCUCGCUUCCUCCGAUCUUCCAACGUCCCAGAAUCCUCUCUGCCACCUUGCUCCUUUCCUGACCACCCUUCCUCCUCUUCGCCCUCGGCGUACACGCCGCCCCAGCCGCCGCCUGGAGAGCGGAUGAUCCUCUUCCACCCCGGGCAGCCCCGGUACGGUCCCCUGGUGUCCGCCCACGCCGUCUACGCCCCGCUCUACGACAGCAGGCGAGCGUGGAGACCUCAGCUGUACCACCGAGAGGACGCCCGGAGUAACUCGCUGCCCCCGGAGGUGCUCCAGUCGUCCGUCUACCAGCCCCCGCUCAGGGAGAGAUUCAACUCGCUGGACAGCAACUACUGCUCUGGACCGGACCACCACGUAGGACUGCACAGGGACUACGGUCGUGUUCCUUUGGGCUACGAGGAGCUCUUCCGACGCAAGCAGGAGCAGUGGGCCCACCACCACCAGCACCAGCACCACCACCACCACGGCGCCAACAGGCCCGCCCCGUCCGCCGCCAUCUUGGACAUGGACUUUGGAGCGGAGCAUGUGGACGUGUUGUGUGCGGGAUGUCGCCUGAGAGGACAGGACGGCUCGGUGCGCUUCUCGCCGUGGUCAUGUGACGCCUCCUCGGGGCCCGACACGCCUGCGGCGCGCUCCUGCCUGGAGCAGACGGAGGCAGGAAGCUGUCCAAGGCCAUGGCUGCACUCGUCAGAUCACUACAGGCGCCUCAAGGAGGAGGACCCCAUCAUCCCCUUCAGCGAGGGGCCCAUCAUCUCCAAGUGGGGCGCCAUAUCCAGGGCAUCCCGCUCGGGGUGCCACACCACUGACCCCGUCCUGGCCACCAGCUUUAAAGAUUGCAACUCUCAGGUGGAGCACAGGUGGAGCUCCAGAGGAUCCGACUCUUCCAGUCACUCCACUUUCAUCCACAGUGACUUUGUGCUCCGGUGUGGCUGCAGCGGGCGACUUAGUGCAGCGGAUCUGCAUCAGCACUCGCCCAGCCAGCGUCUGGUCUUCAGCCGGGAUCAGGAUCAGGAUCAGGACCAGGAUCAGGACGGAAUCAUCUUCUACCAGGAUGACCACCACCAGGAGUCUGGCCAGCACCGGGACAUUGAGCUGAAACUGUGCGCCCUGGACCUGGAGGACCCGGACGCCCAGGAGCUGAACCGUCAGGAGCCAACAGACCAUUCCUCCCCGUAUUCCGAGGAUGCCGCCAGCCUCCUCCCCCUAUCUUUGGGGGAGCAACGCCAUGGUGACAACCCAUCCACGGACAAGACGGACGCCCACCUGCUUAAAAAGAUGGCCUUCAGGUGACUUGUGAAGUCAUCGUAGUAACAGAGCGGCUGUCUCCUGCGGGCGUGGCGUCAAGCUGGUGCUGAGGACCGGAACCCAAAGACCAGGCGGUGGCUCGUCGCCUCGGUCUUGCCCGGAAGCGACGAUACUGCUCGGUGGAAGCUAAGCUAAAGCGUUUGGAGGAGGAAGGUAUCCUUCUGGGACUUGGAUGGAUGACGUUGGAUGUUUGUUUACCAUCCAGCUGCCGUGGUUUAACACAACACCUUUUGUUAUAUUUGUGCCCUAAACAAUACUUUUAAAGUACUUUUUAAUAGUGCCCUGACAACAUUGUACUUACCGUACUCCCCUUCUUCUUUGGCAGCCUUGCAUGGCAAUAUGUUAGCAUGUUAGCACGUUAGCCUGGUGUCGCUUUGUGGUCUUUAAUCCCAGUUAGCUGUUAGCAGACCUCCGCCAAGGCUUCAGCACACAAAAUCAGGCAGUUUUUUUUGUGUACUUUGUAGUUCCUAACUUCUGUGAAGUUGUUUGUCGAAGUAUUUUUGUAUCAGGACAAAACGUAUUUUCGCGCUCGGACAACGCAAUUAGGAAAAGGAAUUAUUAUUUUAGCGGGAAACAUUCUACGUUGUGCUGUAUUUUUUCAUACAUUCGUAUUUUUUGCCGAGAAAAAUGUCCUCAUUUUUUUCACCACACAUUUCGGGGUCGAGGGGAAAAUCCAGAGAGAAUUGUGAUGCCCCGCUUUUAUAGGCAUGACUUUACCACAUCUCUGAAUUCAUUGUCCACUUGAACAAAUGAAAAGACUAAACUGCAGAGAGUACCAGGCACCUGCCAGUGGUAAAUACAUCUAGAUUUGACAGUAAUACUUGGUGACGUAAUACGUGAGUAAUUUCCACAUAUGUGUACUUGAUGUUGUUUAUCUUUCUGACAACUUUCACUACGUUUCCAACCUAAAAUGGGUGCUUUUACUCUGAUACGUUUCUCCGUUGCUCCAAAAUAAAAGUUGCGUCGUGACGUAAUGUAAAUGAUGAAAUAUUUGCCCUUUGAUACUUAAGUACAAUAAAUGUCAGGUAGAAGUCUUUCAAAUAAGUCAUUUUCUGGUCAUGUUUUUAAAUGUUGCUUUCAAGUACGUGACACAAGGCUGCAUCUAAUAGGAACUAUUAAGACACUUAUUCUGCGUACAAAUGUAUUUUUUUUAAAUAUAUCAAUUGUCUAUAUUUUCAUGAAUAAUGCUACCAUAAAAUAUAUACAGGAUUUUUUUUUUGUCUGUAGUUUUUUGACAAAGCAUAUCUGUUUUGCGUGAUAUUACAACUUUAUUACAGUUAUUUACCCCCGCUUUCUUUUUGUAUGUGUGAGCUGCACUUGACUGUAAACGUCAGCUUUACAGAUGCCACAUCUUUUAAUUGCACAAGGAACACACACACACACACACACACACACAGACACGCACACACAUUUAUAUACACAUUUAUACUGUGUAUAUAUAUAUAUAUAUGUAUAUAUAUUAUACACAUAAUAUAUAUAUAUACAGUAUAUGCAUGUAUAUAUAUAUUAUAUACAUAUAUGUAUACAUACAUUUAAUAUAAUAUAUAUGUAUGUAUGUAUGUAUGUAUGUAUAUAUGUAUGUUUUAUUAUUAUUAAUAUUUAUUGUUAUAUUUUAUUUAUUCUAGACUUUUUAUCAUUUUUUUAGCAUCCGUGUCAAGUUGAUUAAAUAAUACACAUUAUUAAUAAUAUUAAUUCUAUGUAUUUUCACCAACAAUGUAACAAAAAUAUAUUUUUGAAUAUUAGAUAUAUUACGUAUUAUUAUUUUUGUCUAUAAGUCUUUGAAAAAUGUUGCCUUUUUAUGUGAUAUUAGAGCUUUAUUACAGUAAUAUUUGUAAACCCCCCCCCCCCCCCCCCGCUCUCUUUUUGUAUACGUUAGCUGCACUUGACUGUAAACAUCCGCUUUGCAGAUGACAAAUAAAUAAAUAAAGUUAUACAUACACUACCGUUCAAAAGUUUGGGGUCACCCAAACAAUUUUGUGGAAUAGCUUUCAUUUCUAAGAACAAGAAUAGACUGUCGAGUUUCAGAUGAAAGUUCUCUUUUUCUGGCCAUUUUGAGCGUUUAAUUGACCCCACAAAUGUGAUGCUCCAGAAACUCAAUCUGCUCAAAGGAAGGUCAGUUUUGUAGCUUCUGUAACGAGCUAGACUGUUUUCAGAUGUGUGAACAUGACUGCACAAGGGUUUUCUAAUCAUCAAUUAGCCUUCUGAGCCAAUGAGCAAACACAUUGUACCAUUAGAACACUGGAGUGAUAGUUGCUGGAAAUGGGCCUCUAUACACCUAUGUAGAUAUUGCACCAAAAACCAGACAUUUGCAGCUAGAAUAGUCAUUUACCACAUUAGCAAUGUGUAGAGCAGGGGUCACCAACCUUUUUGAAAGCAAGAGCUACUUCUUGGGUAGUGAUUAAUGCGAAGGGCUACCAGUUUGAUACACACUUAAAUAAAUUGCCAGAAAUAGCCAAUUUGCUCAAUGUACCUUUAACUCUAUGUUAUUAUUAAUAAUUAAUGAUAUUUACACUUAAUUGAACGGUUUAAAAGAGGAGAAAAGAUGAAAAAAAUGACAAUUAAAUUUUGAAACAUAGUUUAUCUUCAAUUUCGACUCUUUAAAAUUCAAAAUUCAACCGAAAAAAAGAAGAGAAAAACUUAAAAAAAAGAAUUUAUGGAACAUCAUUAGUAAUUUUUCCUGAUUAAGAUUAAUUUUAAAAUUUUGAUGACAUGUUUUAAAUAGGUUAAAAUCCAAUCUACACUUUGUUAGAAUAUAUAACAAAUUGGACCAAGCUAUAUUUCUAACAAAGACAAAUCAUUAUUUCUUCUAGAUUUUCCAGGACAAAAAUUGUAAAAAAAAUUCAAAAGACUUUGAAAUAAGAUUUUAAUUUGAUUCUACAGAUUUUCUAGAUUUGCCAGAAUAAUUUUUUUGAAUUUUAAUCAUGAUAAGUUUGAAGAAAUAUUUCACAAAUAUUCUUCGUCGAAAAAACCGAAGCUAAAAUUAAGAAUUAAAUUAAAAUUUAUUUAUUAUUCUUUACAAUAAAAAAAAAAAAUUUACUUGAACAUUGAUUUAAAUUGUCAGGAAAGAAGAGGAAGGAAUUUAAAAGGUAAAAAGGUAUAUGUGUUUAAAAAUCCUAAAAUCAUUUUUAAGGUUGUAUUUUUUCUCUAAAAUUGUCUUUCUGAAAGUUAUAAGAAGCAAAGUAAAAAACAUAAUGUAUUAAUUUAAACAAGUGAAGACCAAGUCUUUAAAAUAUUUUCUUGGAUUUUCAAAUUCUAUUUGAGUUUUGUCUCUCUUAGAAUUAAAAAUGUCGAGCAAAGCGAGACCAGCUUGCUAGUAAAUAAAUAAAAUUUAAAAAAAUAGAGGCAGCUCACUGGUAAGUGCUGCUAUUUGAGCUAUUUUUAGAACAGGCCGGCGGGCUACUCAUCUGGUCCUUACGGGCUACCUGGUGCCUGCGGGCACCGCGUUGGUGACCCCUGGUGUAGAGUGUAUUUCUUUAAAGUUAAGACUAGUUUAAAGUUAUCUUCAUUGAAAAGGACAGUGCUUUUCCUUCAAAAAUAAGGACAUUUCAAUGUGACCCCAAACUUUUGAACGGUAGUGUAUAUAUAUACAUUAGUGCGGCGUUAGAGACAUAUCAGGUAGAUUUACUUUCAUGGUUAUUAUUAUUAACUAUUAAUAUUUAUUAUUAUUAUAUACCUUUUUAAUAUGAGAUAGGCUCCAGCACCCUCCGCGACCCCAAAAAAGGGACAAGCGGUAGGAAAUGGAUGGAUGGAUGGAUGGAUAAUAUAUAUAUUUUUAGCCUCUCUAAGUUUUGUUUUGUGAUGCAGAGGUGAUUUGUUCAGGUGGACAACACAUCCACCUGCUGAUGACAUGUUCUAUUAUUUGAGGCCCGGCGUCUAAAUGCAGCAUUUUGCUGAUUCUGCCUUCACUUGUCGCCGUCCAACUUGCACAACGUUGUUAUUUCCUUUGUAAGAGUUUGUUAUUUACGUGGUGACUUUACGAUGCGAUACUGUACGGCGAUAUCGGUGUUUUAUAUCGGCCGAUACGGAAACUCCCUGCUAUUUGGGCUGCCCUAUGGAAAAUCAGGAGCGUGAGGUGUUGUGCACAUGCCCACUGUGUGAGCUGCGCGCUCGAUCAUUCCUGUUGGAUAUGUCUGUAUUAGACACUUUCAUGCAAGAGAUGCUACACAUCUGUCACUGUAUCACCGCUUAGGCGGCCAUCAUUGGAUUUAUCUGUUGAAUUCAAUGUGUGAACCUACUGGGGUCAAAGAAUACUACUACUACUACUAAUAAUAAUACUGUUAUGUAUUCCAUGUAUUUCCUUGGAAAUGUGAAAGUGCUGCCUUUGACUUAACACCGUGCAGGAGUACAAAAGUCGACAUGAUGAUUGUACUCCUUGUUGAUGUUUUUCUUGCACUUGUUUUGACUUUUUCCGCACCUGCGGGGACAUAUUGAGGCGGUGACGGAUCAUUUCUGCACAUGUGAAACUGCAUGCAUUAAAUAAAGUGACUUUUAGUGG